UGAGUCAGGGCAGAAGCCAGAAGACGACUGGAGUGAUCAGCCAUGCACAGCCUCGUGUAUCUGCUGAUCCCUUGGAUCCCAUGGAUAUAUGCUGAGGACAGCGCCAUGGAGGAGAACGCUACAGAGAAAGAGGCUGAAGAGAGCCACAGGCAGGACAGCGUGAGCCUGCUAACAUUUAUCCUACUGCUGACCCUAACUAUCCUCACUAUAUGGCUCUUCAAGCACCGACGGGCUCGUUUUCUGCAUGAGACUGGCCUGGCCAUGAUUUAUGGUCUUAUUGUGGGCGUGAUAAUAAGAUACGGCACACCUUCUACCAGCACCAAUGACAAAACCAUCAGCUGCUCUGAAGAACAAAGGGCUUAUACCACGCUUCUAGUCAAUGUCAGUGGGAAGUUCUUUGAAUACACUUUAAGGGGUGAAAUUAAUCCUGAGAAGAUCCAUAAUGUGGAGCAGAAUGACAUGCUAAGAAAGGUGACCUUUGACCCAGAAGUCUUCUUCAACAUUUUACUGCCACCGAUCAUUUUUCAUGCAGGGUAUAGUCUAAAAAAGAGACACUUUUUUAGAAAUAUCGGUUCUAUUCUGACCUAUGCUUUCUUUGGUACUGCAGUCUCGUGCUUCAUCAUUGGAAAUCUCAUGUAUGGAGUAGUGACAUUAAUGAAGUUUGCUGGUCAGCUUGAUGGCAAAUUUUUCUAUACGGACUGUCUCUUUUUUGGAUCUAUCAUCUCUGCCACAGAUCCAGUGACAGUCCUAGCUAUAUUCAAUGAUCUGCGUGCAGAUGUGGACCUGUAUGCUCUUCUGUUUGGAGAAAGUGUCCUCAAUGAUGCUGUAGCCAUUGUGCUGUCAUCGUCUAUUGUUGCUUAUCAACCAACCGGAGAGAACAUGCACACUUUUGAUGCGUCCGCCUUUUUCAAGUCUGUUGGAGUUUUUGUUGGCAUUUUCAGUGGAUCUUUCGCAAUGGGUGUUUGUACCGGUGUAGCAACUAACGUAACCAAGUUUACCAAGCUGCACUGCUUCCCCUUGCUGGAGACGGCCCUGUUUUUUUUGCUAUCGUGGAGUACUUUCCUUCUGGCUGAAGCGUGUGGCUUUACAGGUGUAGUGUCUGUCCUGUUUUGUGGUAUCACACAAGCACAUUAUACACAUAAUAAUUUAUCACCGGAGUCAAGGAUUAGAACCAAGCAGCUGUUUGAGGUCUUGCACUUUCUGGCAGAAAAUUUCAUAUUUUCCUACAUGGGUCUAGCACUCUUCACUUUCCAGAAACACAUGUUUAGUCCCAUGUUUAUCGUUGGGGCUUUUAUAGCUGUGUUUGUUGGGAGAGCAGCUCAUAUAUAUCCACUGUCAUUUUUCCUCAACUUGGGCAGAAGGCACAAGAUUGGUUGGAACUUUCAGCACAUGAUGAUGUUUUCAGGUCUCCGUGGAGCAAUGGCAUUUGCCCUCUCAAUUCGUGACACUGCCUCAUAUGCCCAUCAGAUGAUGUUCUCCACAACUCUUCUUAUUGUAUUUUUUACUGUCUGGGUAAUAGGUGGGGGAACAACUCCCAUGUUAUCCUGGCUGAAUAUCAGAGUUGGUGACCAUGUGCCAUCGUUGGAGGAUGAGAGCGUUAGACGUUGGCAGUAUUUCAGGGUCGGUGUUGAUCCAGAUCAAGACCCGCCUCCAACUAAUGACAGCUUCCAAGUACUGCAUGGAGACGCUGGUGAACCCGGUGGAGGAAGUCGCACACAGCAGGAGAGUGCCUGGGUGUUCCGGCUCUGGUAUACUUUUGAUCACAAUUAUCUGAAGCCUAUGCUGACACACAGUGGUCCUCCGUUAACUACAACGCUGCCCAGCUGGUGUGGCUUGAUUGCCCGAUGUUUCACAAGCCCGCAAGUAUAUGACAAUGCAGAACAGCUGAGAGAAGAUGAUGCAGAUUUCAUUCUUAACGAUGGUGACCUUACAUUGACUUAUGGAGACACCACCAUCACGGCCAAUGGGUCUUCAGGCUCUCACACAGCCACCACAAGCUUAGAUGGAAGAAGAACAAAAAGCAGUUCAGAAGAAGCACUGGAACGAGAACUUGGAGGAGACUAUGAAAUUACCAAUAGAGGUACACGGCUAGUCUUUCCUCUUGAAGAGAAUGCAUGACCGAGAGAGGAAACGACAAUGAAGGAAACAUGUAUGACCAAGUAUGGUACCGGAGCAUCUCAGGCCCCAGUGUGGUGAAGAGUUGGGUGCAGUUCACACACUAAAAAAACAUAACCAUUCUUGUGGUACUGAAAGUGGAAAUUUUAAAAGAUGACUUUCUUUUCUUAUCAAAUGUGACGACUGCAAUUUUUUUAGGUAUGGCGCACAAAUUGCACACGUAACUUUGCUGCGGCCUUUUCCUUGCUUGUUCCUGUGUGUCCCAGUGAAAAGAUAACCCAAAUUUUGUUAUCAUAUACUGAAUAAUGAGGGAAAUGUGACUGCUUUACCCUCUGCUGUUGAUGCAACAACUUUUAUUUGUAGCAAGGAGCAACCUCUUUUGGAAAGUGCCUGCUGUUGAAAGAGCAAGUGGUGACAUGGCAUCUGGAAGAAGUGUUAAUCCAUUUUUUUACCAUUCCUGUGAAGCAAAAUAUAUAGAUGCCGAAAUGCAUGACAUGGACAGUUCACUUAUAAGAGUAUUUUUUCUUUGGGGCGGGGGGGAUUUUGUAAAUUUAGGUCAAUGUGCGUUCAGUGAGUAAGCAUGGCUGAUAAUGUGAAGUUGUGGUUAGCUGAUAUAAUAUUAGAUUUUCAUGUUUACGUCUUAAGCUGUAAAACAUACUAUGUACAUUUACAUGUUUAGUGUUACUCCUUUGUUACAGCACUGAUUCCCUCCAGCGAAAAGACUACAAACAUA